UCCUUCGUAUCAAUACCCACCCAGGAAUUCCCUUUCCGUCUUAAAACUACGAAAGACAGACAGAGAGAGAGAGAGAGAGAGAGAGAGAGGUGACAUGGAUGAAAACCAGAACAAGAACUAUGAAGAUAAUGGCAACCAAGACGCUGACGGCGUACCUCAGGUUCAACUCGAAGAUAAUAGGAUGCAACCAUCGGAUCAUCAGAAUGCCAUAGUAGGUGGCAAUCAGGAGAACAAUACAGUUGCAGACAGAACGAACUUCAUUACAAAACAAGCUGGAUUGGUGGGAUUCGGUGGCAUAGUGAUAGCUGCUACAUUUGCAGCUCUCUGCACUUGGUCUACUCCGUACCAUGAGAGUGAAAAGCUCAAACUCAAAGUUGGAGAUAUAUGGCAUCAUAAUAAGUUGCCACCUAAAUUAUUUUUGUUCAUAUUGCUCACAUUUGUGUUUUCAUCGGGUUUUCUCGUCACAGUGAUUCCACUAUGGAAAAUGGCUAUGGAAUGGUCAUUUUAUCUCCGGGCUCUUGUGGUUGUUACUGCGACUGGAUUCUAUGCCAUUUUUUGUGUUAUAUUGAAUGAAAAAUUGCCAAAUUUCACUUUGGGUAGCAUUCCAGGUUUCUUCUUCGUGUGGCUUCUUGGCUGUUCUUUGAUCUUUUUGGGAGUUGCAGCAUAUGCUAUAAUAUCGAAGGCGUAUAGACGCAUUAUAUCUUCAUACCACCAAUAAGAAUUGGAACCGACUUUUCUCCUCUUGAAGUUUGGGUCAUUUCUUUUGGCAAACUUCAUGUGCACUGGGUAUGUAUCAUAUGCCUUAUGAAGAUUUAUGAUCCUAAUAAUGACUCAUGUUGGUAUUUGGAUGUUGGUAUUUGGUUAUGAGAUUUUGUGAUGGUUAAAUUUGUAGUGUAAGUCGUUAUGACACUUUCUUUCGGUGGUUGGUUAUGACACUUUUGUGGUCUUCUUUCAUUAUCACCCAAAUUUGUUUUAGUUA